UACGAAAGUGUUGACUUUUUGUACGAACAUACUAGUUUGGAAAACCCUGGCUGUACGGUAGAAAUUAUCGGAUAGAUCUUUCAUCGCCAUGGAGGAGACAAUCCCGGGGUUCGUCCCCGCGCAACUGUCGAUUGCUUCGAUUCUCGCGGUGUAUGGAUCGGCGUCGGCGCUGGUCAUUGCCUCGAUCUGGAUUCUUUCGAGGAAAUAUCGCUACCUCGGCGCCACGGAUCGAUUGCUUAUGUGCUGGUUCGCAUUCUCGGGCCUCACGCACAUCAUCCUCGAGGGCUACUUCGUCUUCACCCCGGAUUUCUACAAGCAAAAGGAGAUUUGCUUCCUCUCCGAAGUCUGGAAGGAAUACCACAAUGGCGAUUCGCGCUAUGGCGCUCGUGAUCCCACCGUUGUUAUCGUGGAAGGAAUCACGUCUGUUCUAGCAGGGCCGGCGUGUCUACUCGCAGUAUACGCUAUCGCGAAGAGAAAGUCCUACCAAUACACGCUCCAGCUCGCGGUCUCACUGGGCCAGCUCUAUGGGGACAUCGUCUACUUUGGCCAACCAAUCCUGGCCGGGAAAGAGUUCUCCAAGGGUGGGCUUCUCUACUAUUGGUUCUACUAUAUCUUCAUGAAUGGCAUUUGGGUCGUCAUUCCACUCCCAAUCGUCGUGAGGAGCUGGAGGAAGAUCAGCCAGGGAUUGGAAGCUCCCAGCAAAAAAGAGAGGAAGAGCAAAGCCUCUUUUGAUCGACACAAAGCAGCUUGAGAAAAGCUUUGAGAAAUUUUUUUGGACAACUGGAACACACUGAUAUUACAUAUGGAAAAUAACAAUGGCAUACCCCGA